CAGAAGGGCUCGGAUGAGUCUGACCCCUCAAUCGCUUCCGCUGCUCGGAGUGUUUCUAUUAGAAGGGCUCAGACAAGUGCUUCCGCCCUCUCUAGAGUCAGCUUCAGAGCGCUGUCAUUCGUCGGACGUGCCCCGCUCCGCCGUAGCUUUCCGCCCACGCAGUGACUGCGAGCCGGCCUCGAGCUUUGCAGCUUUCCCAGCCGGCGGUGGGGGGAAGGGAGGGUUGAGAGCGGAAGCAGUCGCGGCUGCGUUUCCGGCGGAAGUGAGAGCUGACCCGGGUUCUGGGAGCGCUGUGCCGGAAGGCGCCGAGCACCUGGGGGCGCGAUGUCUGCCAGUGCCGUGUACGUGCUGGACCUGAAGGGCAAGGUCCUCAUCUGCCGGAAUUACCGCGGAGAUGUGGAUAUGUCUGAGGUGGAGCAUUUCAUGCCAAUUCUUAUGGAAAAGGAAGAAGAGGGAAUGCUUUCUCCCAUUCUAGCUCAUGGAGGAGUUCGUUUUAUGUGGAUUAAACACAAUAAUUUAUAUCUUGUUGCUACUUCUAAGAAGAAUGCUUGCGUGUCUCUGGUGUUUUCAUUUCUUUACAAGGUGGUUCAGGUAUUUUCAGAAUAUUUCAAAGAGUUGGAAGAAGAGAGCAUUCGAGAUAACUUUGUUAUAAUUUAUGAAUUGCUUGAUGAGCUAAUGGAUUUUGGCUAUCCUCAAACCACUGACAGUAAAAUUUUACAAGAGUAUAUUACUCAAGAAGGCCACAAACUGGAAACUGGAGCUCCACGCCCUCCUGCCACUGUUACCAAUGCUGUUUCCUGGAGGUCAGAAGGGAUAAAGUAUAGGAAAAAUGAAGUGUUUCUGGACGUUAUAGAAUCUGUUAACCUCUUGGUUAGUGCCAAUGGAAACGUAUUGCGCAGUGAGAUAGUUGGAUCCAUUAAAAUGAGAGUCUUUCUCUCAGGAAUGCCAGAGCUUCGCCUCGGUUUAAAUGAUAAAGUACUCUUUGAUAAUACAGGCCGUGGCAAAAGCAAAUCGGUGGAACUAGAAGAUGUAAAGUUUCACCAGUGUGUUCGUCUCUCUCGCUUUGAAAACGACAGGACAAUUUCUUUCAUCCCACCUGAUGGAGAGUUUGAACUCAUGUCAUAUCGUCUUAACACCCAUGUAAAACCACUCAUCUGGAUUGAGUCUGUGAUUGAGAAACAUUCCCACAGCCGCAUAGAAUAUAUGAUCAAGGCAAAGAGUCAGUUCAAACGGAGAUCAACUGCCAACAAUGUGGAGAUUCACAUCCCAGUUCCAAAUGAUGCAGACUCGCCAAAAUUUAAAACCACAGUGGGUAGUGUCAAAUGGGUUCCAGAAAACAGUGAAAUUGUCUGGUCCAUUAAAUCAUUUCCGGGGGGAAAGGAGUAUUUGAUGCGGGCUCACUUUGGGCUUCCAAGUGUUGAAGCUGAAGAUAAAGAAGGCAAACCUCCCAUCAGUGUCAAGUUUGAAAUUCCAUAUUUCACCACGUCAGGAAUACAGGUCCGCUACUUAAAGAUAAUUGAGAAGAGUGGGUAUCAGGCUUUGCCAUGGGUUCGCUAUAUCACCCAAAAUGGAGAUUAUCAGCUCCGAACACAAUAGUACUCUUUCCAACCAGAACAGAUGACAAAUCUUCAGGUCUAGAAUUUGUUUGUAGAAAACUUUGUGGUAGUGAAGGCUGUGAAUGUUGUCUCCAGGGUAUUAUAUCAGCAAACUUGAACUGAGGAGGAGAGAGAGCAUUUUUUAAAUUGUGUUCAACACUAAGUGGUUGGACUAUUAGUGCAGGUUGUAUGGAUGUCUAAUUCUUAAAGCAUGUUACUACUUCUGCUAAAUGCUGAUCAUAUUAGGAGUAGCAGUUAUUUUGAGAAGCCAGGAUUGCCUUGCUAGUCAUACUUCAAUGUUCCAUAUUUUAAAAGUGUGUAAAUACCAUCUUUAAAACCAGUGGAAGCAUUAUUUAAAAACUAGAGAGGUCAUGGUGCAACUGAAGUGGCUGCUAAGCAUUCUUAGUAGUAAAUAUUUCUUAGCUUGCAAAGGAAUUAUUAAAGGUAGUGAUGAGUCAAGAAAGGUAGGGUUCUAAAUUCAAAAUAAAAGUUGGUUUUAUUGACAAA